AGCUGAAAGACCGCGCGGUGCCGCUCCGAGGCCCCGGGACGUGGGCCCAUGGUCGGCCUGGCGCCACCUUUCCGGGGGAAGCCACGCGCACCCGGCAUCGCACGCGGCUCUGCACCCGCGCCGCCGGACCUGAAACCCGGCGGAGGGCACACGGGGCUGCCGCUGCGGGCCCCGGACCAACCCAUGCUUACUCCGGAGCCUGUACCGGCGCCGACGGGUCGGACCUCCCUGCGCGGUGUCGCCCAGCGGGUUCGUGCGAAAGGCGGGGCCGACUACACGCGGUGCCGCGCCCUGAGACCGUUUAUCUGCAGUCAACGCAGCCUCCCGGCUCAGCCUGGGAAGAUGCGCGAAUCGGGAACCCCAGGGCGCGAUGGCUAGACCGGGCUCCGCCGCCUCCCCCACAGCCCCUUUCCUAAUCGUUCAGACGGAGCCUGGUCGACUUCGCCGGAGACUGCCAGAUCUCGUUCCUCUUCCCUGUGUCAUCUUCUUAAUUAUAAAUAAUGGGGGAUGAAGAUAAAAGAAUUACAUAUGAAGAUUCAGAACCAUCCACAGGAAUGAGUUACACGCCCUCCAUGCAUCAAGAAGCACAGGAGGAGACAGUUAUGAAGCUCAAAGGUAUAGAUGCAAAUGAACCAACAGAAGGAAGUAUUCUUUUGAAAAGCAGUGAAAAAAAGCUACAAGAAACACCAACUGAAGCAAAUCACAUACAAAGACUGAGACAAAUGUUGGCUUGCCCUCCACAUGGUUUACUGGACAGGGUCAUAACAAAUGUUACCAUCAUUGUUCUUCUGUGGGCUGUAGUUUGGUCAAUUACUGGCAGUGAAUGUCUUCCUGGAGGAAACCUAUUUGGAAUUAUAAUCCUAUUCUAUUGUGCCAUAAUUGGAGGUAAACUUUUGGGGCUUAUUAAGUUACCUGCAUUGCCUCCACUGCCUUCUCUUCUUGGCAUGCUGCUUGCAGGGUUUCUCAUCAGAAAUAUCCCAGUCAUCAACGAUAAUGUGCAGAUCAAGCACAAAUGGUCUUCCUCUUUGAGAAGCAUAGCCCUGUCUGUCAUCCUGGUUCGUGCUGGCCUUGGUCUGGAUUCAAAGGCCCUGAAGAAGUUAAAGGGCGUUUGUGUAAGACUGUCCAUGGGUCCCUGUAUUGUGGAGGCGUGCACAUCUGCUCUUCUUGCCCGUUACCUGCUGGGUUUACCAUGGCAAUGGGGAUUUAUACUGGGUUUUGUUUUAGGUGCUGUAUCUCCAGCUGUCGUGGUGCCUUCAAUGCUCCUUUUGCAGGGAGGAGGCUAUGGUGUUGAGAAGGGUGUCCCAACCUUGCUAAUGGCAGCUGGCAGCUUCGAUGACAUUCUGGCCAUCACUGGCUUCAACACUUGCUUGGGCAUAGCCUUUUCCACAGGCUCUACUGUCUUUAAUGUCCUCAGAGGAGUUUUGGAGGUGGUAAUUGGUGUGGCAACUGGAUCUGUUCUUGGAUUUUUCAUUCAGUACUUUCCAAGCCGUGACCAGGACAAACUUGUGUGUAAGAGAACUUUCCUUGUGUUGGGGUUGUCUGUGCUAGCUGUGUUCAGCAGUGUGCAUUUUGGUUUCCCUGGAUCAGGAGGACUGUGCACGUUGGUCAUGGCUUUCCUUGCAGGCAUGGGAUGGACCAGCGAAAAGGCAGAGGUUGAAAAGAUAAUUGCAGUUGCCUGGGACAUUUUUCAGCCCCUUCUUUUUGGACUAAUUGGAGCAGAGGUAUCUAUUGCAUCUCUCAGACCAGAAACUGUAGGCUGCAAUAGGAUCUGUGGCUUUGGACACAGCAAGGUCACAUGGAGAGAAACAAUUAGAAGACUAUGGAAUGGAUGUGUUGACAGUGGCAUUUUUGUCCAUCCUCAUCACAGCCCCAAUUGGAAGUCUGCUUAUUGGUUUACUGGGCCCCAGGCUUCUGCAGAAAGUUGAACAUCAAAAUAAAGAUGAAGAAGUUCAAGGAGAGACUUCUGUGCAAGUUUAGAGGUGAAAAGAGAGAGUGCUGAACAUAAUGUUUAGAAAGCUGCUACUUUUUUCAAGAUGCAUAUUGAAAUAUGUAAUGUUUAAGCUUAAAAUGUAAUAGAACCAAAAGUGUAGCUGUUUCUUUAAACAGCAUUUUUAGCUGUUGCUCUUUCCAUGUGGGUGGUAAUGAUCUAUAUCACCAACCUUAAUCUCUCUGCCUUUUUUUUCCAAACACCCCUUCAUCAUCCAUCUUAAUUUGCAUAAGGACAUAUCUACUUUAAUGUACUACCACAGUUUACAGUUAACGUGGGAAAGACCAGAUUCAGUAUCCUCUUCAGCUAGGAUUGCUCUAACUUUUAACUUUCACAGUUUCCUGAUUCAUAUUUGCCCAGGCUCUGAUGCCUUGAAUUGGUUUUGGCUCCUCUUUUUUGGUUUUGUUUUCGUUGUUAAACAUCAUAAUGCAGUCUCUCAUUAAUUUUUACCGUCAUUUACCCUGAUAAUCUGCCUCUUCUCCAUUUCUCCUUCCCUUACUACCUUUCUUUGAAUUACUGUAACUGAUUGGUCCCACCAAAAUUUUAAAGUACAUGAAGUAUCUUCAUUGGUUCAUCCUCUUGCCCCCUCCAGAUGUCAAAAAACUUUAUCCUGCCCCCUAGCUGACCACCCAGGUUCCUUUAUUUCAGUGGCCCAUGUGAGUCUACCUUCCCCUAAGGAGUGCCCUAAUCCAGCCCUUUUUUUGUUUCUUAUGACCCAUAUCUUUAGGCUCUUCCCAUUUCUAGGUGGGAGAUAGGUAAGUUUCAAAUCUAUGCCAGUCUUAUGAAUAUUACAUUAGGGUAAUGUGCUAUAAUGAAGAAAUAAAAAAUACAGUGCUUAAAAGAAAAUAAAAUUCUAUUUCUGUCUAAUGAAACUGGCUGGUUCGUUAAUACCAACAGGGUUACUCUGCUCAUGAGGUCUGCUCAGAGUCCAAUGUCUUUCUGUCCUGAAGCUCUGCCAUGCCCUAGCUUAGGACAUGGCUUAACCUAUUUAUGCCAGAGGUUGCAAAAAUUUUUUGUGAAAAAUCAGACCUUGGCAAUGACCUUGAGCAGUCGGAUAUAAAUAACUCCCACAGGCUUAGCGUUCUAAUAAUGGAACACUAGGCAUAAAUGGGUUAAAAAUGGAUCUGUACCAUAUCUCCAUUCUAUCUCUCAAGGAAAAUGCAAGUAUAGCAAUUUAUUUUUGAGGAAGUGAUGUGGAAGUUGGACACAUCUCUUUUCCUACAUUUAUUGGUAUUGAUCAUAUCUGGCUGUGAGGCAGCUAAGUGUUGUCUCUAGCUAAGCAUUCAUACUCCUAGGAGGAACGGAACAUCAGAUUUUCGGGGCCAGAGCUUCCACUGUGUUGAAUGUUGCCAUCAUUCAGUAGCAUAUUCUUACAUGCAAACAAAAGCUUUUGAAAGACAUUGCCUUAAACCAAAAGAGUGACUUCUAUGGCAGGGAUUUCAGAAAUUGUGACUUGCCAGCAGAGAAAAUAUUAGAAGAAAGACUUACCUGCAUAGGUCAUAUUUUAUCCUACUUUGUAACAGGCCAUCUCUGCUUUUGUGUAUCACUCAUAAGUUCCUCUUCACUCUAGGUCAUCUUCUGUGUAGUUACUGAAAUAAUCACAUUCACAUACAGUUUACAGUUUUUAUCGUGUUAUCUGUGUACCUGAAGUGUUUAUUAUAUACUUGUCAUAUCCUAUCUAAACUCCUCGACCUAGAAUUCAAAGUUCAUUUUAAUCUUGAAGUAGAUAUUAAAUAUGUAUUAGAUGAAUGAAUUAUGAAUAUCCUAAUCCCACGAAGCUGAUCUGCAUAAAUAAAGCCUGUCCAUUCCUCUCUUCA